AUGAAACUUCACAUUGCACUGUCUGUACUCUUCAUCUCCUCAGUGACUGCUCUUCCAAUCGCUGAUGCAAAUAAGCCACCAACAAUUGAUUGCUUCAAAAUUGGUGGUUGUCCUGAGUUUGCUAGUAAGGCUUCAACUUUUAAGCCAACCAAGCAUUUGAAGCGCACUGCCAUGCCUGCUGCACCUUCUAUUGACUGUUACAAAGUUGGUGGUUGUCCUGAGUUUGCUAGUAAGGCUUCGACGUUCAAGCCGAUAAGUUUUGUGAGUGUUACGCCAGCUCCAAUUAUACCCACGACCUACAAGACGUCAACUCAGCCGACAAGUUUUGUGAGUGUUACACCAACACCAAUCAUCCCCACGAUCUUCAAGACAUCGACUGAGCCAACGACCAAAUCAUCUACAGCAAAACCUACUGUCGGUACUUUAAGUGGAUCUAGUUGGUCGUCUGGAAACAAAGGUGGUAAUACUGGCUGGUCAAGUUCAGGGUCGAGUGCAAGCUCUCAUGCAGGAGGAUCUGGGUCAAGAGCAAGCUCUAAGUCUGGGUCUUCUGGGUCUUUUGCUGGCUCUGGUGCUGGAUCUGGAUCUGGCACUAGUUCUGGAUCUGGUUCAAACAAGGGUUCAAACUCUGGAAUUAUUCGCAGAGAUUGUAGAAUGGUUGGUGGAUGCCCUGACAGUAAUAUUGUGGUUUACGAUCCUCCCAAAUCUGGCAAGUAA